GAGGAAGGCUUCCUUAAAAGGUGCCUUUCGGUCCCUUCGCUCCCGGGGACCCUCGGAAAACGCCCACCAUACUGACCCCGCGGCUAACCCCUCCCUCAAGCUCUCUCUGCUUGAUUUCGCACCGUUAUGUGGGAAGCGAAUCCGUGAAAUGGCCAACCAGUGUGAGGAGUGCUGGGAGAGGAGAGUGAAUGUCUGGACUAGUUAACGGCACAGCUGAGUUUACAUUUUAAGUCAUCAUCUUUAUUAUCCACUUAAGGCACAGAAGAAGAUGUUUCACAAGACAGAGGAACUCUUUCCCAAGAAGAUGGAGAGUGACGUGGAUGACAUGGACACCUCGGACACACAGUGGGGCUGGUUCUACCUGGUGGAAUGUGGGAAGUGGCACAUGUUUCAGCUGGAUACCAACAUUCAGUGUUCAGUUAGCAGUGAAGAUAUCGAAAAAAGCUUCAAAACAAACCCUUGUGGCUCCAUUUCCUUUACUACUUCCAAAUUCAGCUACAAGAUAGACUUUUCAGAAAUGAAGCAGAUGAACCUUGUCACUGGAAAACAACACCUAGUAAAAAGGGCUCCUUUCUCCAUCAGUGCCUUCAGUUACAUCUGUGAAAAUGAGGCCAUCCCCAUGCCAACACACUGGGAGAACGUGAAUACAGAAGUUCCCUAUCAGCUGGUCUCCCUGCAGAACCAAACGCACGAAUAUAACGAAGUUGCCAGUCACUUUGGUAAAACAAUGGAUCGGAAACGAAUUAAAAGGAUUCAAAGGAUUCAAAACUUAGACUUAUGGGAGUUCUUUUGCAGGAAGAAGGCUCAGCUCAAGAAGAAGAAAGGAGUCCCCCAGAUCAAUGAGCAAAUGCUGUUCCAUGGCACCAGCAGUGAGUUUGUGGAAGCGAUUUGCAUUCACAACUUUGACUGGAGAAUCAAUGGUGUACACGGUGCUGUCUUUGGAAAAGGAACCUAUUUUGCUAGAGAUGCCGCAUACUCCAGUCGCUUCUGCAAAGAUGACAUCAAGCAUGGUAACACGUUCCAGAUUCAUGGGGUCAGCGUGCAGCAGCGACAUCUGUUCAGAACCUAUAAAUCCAUGUUCCUUGCUCGAGUACUAAUUGGGGAUUACAUAAACGGAGACUCCAAAUACAUGCGACCUCCUUCCAAAGACGGGAGCUAUGUCAAUCUGUAUGACAGCUGUGUGGAUGACACCUGGAACCCAAAGAUCUUUGUGGUGUUUGAUGCCAACCAGAUCUACCCCGAGUACUUGAUAGACUUUCACUGA